AUGGAGGGGUGCAAAUACGAAGGGUGCGGCCUUCGCACGUUCUUCGUCGGUCAUGCGCGUCCGGCACCGCAGCACAUCUUGGGGGGCCCGGGAAGGGAGAUCUUUGCACAGGCCCCCCCGAAUCUGACGCACCAGAAGCACGUGCUACGGAAUGGAACCGCGAUUCAAAACGGCGUUGGCUGCAUUGAGCUGUUGAGGCUUCAAAUGGAUGCACCAAAUGCAACCAGCGCUGAUGCAAGUGCCAAACUCUUACCAUCGGCGCAAUACGAUGCUUCUGACAACAUCAACAUUAGCACUUUUGAGAGCAACAUCAAAAGUUUGUAUGAUGAGCAAAGGGACCUGGUCAACCAAGGCCACAGCCGAAGUUUUGCUCUCCUUACGGUGUAUCUGUCCCUGUUUGUGUUUUGCCUCAAUUUCAUCUUCACCAAUGGGCUUGUUGGCAGGGCCGAUUGCUGCUCAUCAUCUCCCUUCGCAAAUCUGCAGCAGUCUGCGGCUUUCUCCUUUGAUUGCUGCGCGUUGGGCAAACAAGUGGAGGUCUUUACCAAGCUCUUAUCUAGCGACAGCGGCGAUCCUGCUGUGGAAUUAUCGCCCACAAUCACCCAGCUUCCAACCUGCUGCCACGAUCCGGAUGGUGCACACCAGUUCAAGGGGUGUAUCUUGGCCCCAGACCGUGCGCUCAAUCUGAGCAUCAUUUGUGGGACCGGGGGCCAGGAAAGCCAGGUCGUGUUCAAUUUGCCAAUUCCAGAAGACAGUACAAUCCCCGAUGAUUUUGAGCAGUUGGUCAACAUUCUGCUUAUCAUGUAUCAGGGGUGUCUCGUGGACAAGACUAGCGCUCAAUUAAAGGGACUGGGGACGGUCCUUUUCGCGUUCCUAGUUUUCAUGGGUGCGACCCUGACGUUGUUUGCCAUCGACCAGAGCCUAUCUGGGGCAGUCUCCAAAAGAAAAGUCGUCCUCUUUCGGGCGUUCAUGCAAGGGGGGACUUCUAAAGAAUUGGAGGACAAUCAUUUUAUGAAGACUGAUGGGGGCGGGUGGCGACUUUCAAAGGACUUGUUGCUCCUCCUCAUAUCCUCGGCACCUUUCUACAUGGUGCCGAUCCUGGCGUUCGUCAUUGCUUUUGCAAUAGCGGGCCUCAUCUGGUCCACAAACAACUCUCAGUUUUGCGGGGAAAUUGGUACGUUCUUUGGCUCAUCAUGGUGGAUGUACCUGGCUAUCGUCACCGCGGACGUCGUGGGUAUAUUGAUUGUAUACUUUGUCUUGGGGAACUGGCGGCUGAAGUAUUACAAGGAGGAGAUUAGGGACAUUCAAUGCAAGCUUGCAAAGCUUGCUGCUCGGGACGAACCAGCUGUAGAAGAGGGUGUAGCACAGCAAAUUAGGCCGGAGAAUGAGUCAAAUGUGCAAGUGGGGGAACUUGAGUUAUUGACUGGGUCCUCACGGUCGUAAAGUAUAGCCUCAGACAACCAAAGCUGAAGAUGCUGACACAAGUUUUAAAGAGGUGUUGAGGUUAGUAAUUAAGUUGGAAGCAUGUCGCACUAAAUCAAUUGUCAAUUAAUGAAAGUCAAAGAGUGGCAGAUCUUGGAGCUUGCAGCUUUGCUCCCCUCUGAAAGCUCAGACCUUGAUGUCGAGUAGUUGACAUUGAGGGUCACUGAGAACCAUUCUGCCCAAAUGA